GUCCCAAUAAAGCUCCACUCGAGACACAUCACCAAAAUACACACGAAAAACCAUGCUAAAGUCUUCUUAGGCUCGCGAGCGCCACCAUGCAAGGCGCCAGUACCCACCACCAUGUACAGGGCUCCCUCCACCAGUCAAACCAGAACAGGACCGCCACAAUAUGUCUUCUCGUCUUUGUUCUACAUGAGCGUCCCCCGUCACUCUUGGCGAUAGCCAGGAAACCAGGCGGCGGGUCACUCAGGUCAAUUACCUCCUCUGCUUCGAAAAGGGUGGACCCCAGGGGUAUGGAAGGGCGUUGGACAACUUCCUGUUCGACGGAAAACGACUGAGAGGGGUCGCCUGCUGACCACGACGCCUGCAGAAGGAGAGACACAGAGACAUCGGCUCAGCUGACCUCUACUCGUAUUGUUCUCUCACCUUAACGACAAGAGGACCUGAGAUGGCCUGAUUGUCGGCAGUAGGCUCGUUAGUCACGUAAACGGCGAGCCUCAGCAGAAAACUCUCGUCGGACCCCGUCCCAUUAGCCAAAUGGUAAGAUAUCUUUAUAUCGUCCAAACUCUCGCCUUGCACAGCCUCCGCUUCUCCCUCCCCCUCGUCUAUGUCCUGCCCAAUCAUUGGGACAGCCGGGGUGUCAACCGUGGUAUUUAGCUGCUCAGCUGGCUCCUCAAGGGAAUCCGUGGUAUUCAGCUGCUCAGCUGGCUCCUCAAGGGAAUCGACUUCCUGAGGGGCCGCUGUGGACGCAUCUAGUGUCGGGCUGUCUGGUACAGCAACGCCGCCUCCCCCACCCUCGCAGACGAUGUUUGUCCUUCUGUCGUUGAGCAGGCUCUCAGGCUGGAUCUCUGCCUGGCACGGCCUCGCUAGCUUGAAGGGACCACUCACAUGGAAAGUCACAACGUCACCUGAGACAAGACUUCAGUGCGGAAGGCUCUCUGCGUGCACUGACUCCGAUGGGAUGCUGGGAGUACCAUUGGUCUUUGGCCUCUUUUUCAGCCGAAGGGUGAGCCGAACCGCAUGGGUGAUCUCGGGGGCCAUCGAACUGCCCACAUACGGAAGCGGACACACACGUAAUUACACCCACACUCCUACUUAGUGCAUACCGUACCCGAUGGUAAGGCUUUGGAUGCUGUCGAACAUGCUGCUGUCGCUCACUCGGAAGCCCUUGAUGGCGUAGUUGGCGGAAACUACCAUCCCGGACUCGGCCUGAAGGAGGCACACGUGGGUAAGACGACCCCUGUGUCUCUGCAAGGAGUAUGAUGGAUGACCUUGACAACGACAGCGAAGGUAGGCACAUCUUCUGUGGAGCUUGCUGGAGUCACCAUGUCAAUGUCGAUGAAGAACUCGCCUAUGCUGCUCCACCCAACAGGAAAGAGCUCGACCUUCUCAGCCUGUCGAAGAUGCGCGCAGGUGCUUACUUCUCUGAUAUGUCUCGUGUUCGUGUCUCACGUCAAGUGUGAUGUUAGUGCCGAUGCCCCCUGUGCGGAUCUGCGGGUCGUCUGGUAGAGUGAAGCCCUCAUACAAGAGGACUUGGAUGGUGCCCUUCUCCACCGUCACAGUGGGCGUGAAGAAAAAGUGAGCCACGACACGGGCGGCCAAACUCGGCACAUAAGAUAUCUAAAACGCAAAUAAGAUGUCUUAAGCCAUCCAUGUCAGUGUCACGUACCCGAGCCUUCAUCUCCUGUAUCGGUGGCGGCAUCACUUGCUCGGCGAUCAUUCGGGGCACCGUGCGGCUGACAUCCUUGUAGCGAUUACUCACAUGGAGGCUCCAUUGCUGGCCGGGAGUGUCAACAUCCUCCACGCCGGUGUCGACGCCAUUUGUGGCAUCGAUAGUCUGAGGAUGGUUGAUCAGUAUGAGCAUAUUGUGGGGCACAUCAGCCUGCAUAAAUUACACGCAAUGAGUCGAAUGCAUGUGGAAAAAGCCUCGCUCAAGGCUCACCGGGAGCGGCAGGUCGCCGUGUGUGACGGCCUUUGUGGGAUCUGUGCCGUCACAGGUGAAGGUCCACAGGGUGACAUUCCCGUUGUCAUCGGGAACAGCACAAUCCUGUGGAAAUGUCCACUCGGGAGGAUGGACGAUCUCAACUCGCACAUCAAUCGAAGGACCACCUAACCACGACGUCGAAGUAAAGGCAAACGCAUCAUCCCAUCGUGUCUCCGCAUGCCUUGCCUGCAUCGAUUUGAGGCGUGAGCGACAGUUGCCAUCGUGCGUCUUGUGCACCGACGGCUGUGGAGUCAAGUGGUGUCCACGUGAUGGACGUAAUGUAGCCCUGAGGAUAGCCUGUCCCCUCACGGCCAUCACUGCCCUCCACAAACUGACACACAGAAUACGAGACGGAAGGUCGCCUCGGGGUCUCUUUUUCGGUUCCACCUGAUUGACGCUUCUGAUUGCAUAUACGUAGACGAUGAACUCCUUGAAGCUUGUGGUCAGCCCCUGCACUGUCGGAUGAGCCUGAUCCUUGCUCACCUCCUCAGCAAAGAUAAAUGACCUGCAUCGAGAAUAAACGCAUAAGGGACAGAAAUGCGUUACUUGGUCUUCUGUUACUUACCACUGCCCAUUCUCGUCGAAUGUCUGGUCGCCCGGAAUCUCGAAUGUCAUCGACAUGAGCACUGGGGUGUUUGAUCCAAUGCCAGCCACAAGUGGCCACUUCCUGAAUCCCGACGUUCCCACUGGCUCGCCCUCUAGGCCGAUGAAGCCUUCAGGGUCAUUGAUGCCUGGGAAGGCGUUGGUCGGCUCAUAGGCUGUUGCUCGCAGACCCACCAGCCUGAAGCCUGUGAAUUGCAGAGGCGAUUUACAUGUUGGGAGUGUAUGUGAGCUCGAGAUACACUGACCAGCUGGCGGUGCAAUGAGCACGACAUUGAUGGUGGUGUUGCGCAGAGGGCGAGACAAUUCAAAGUUCACGGUGGCGUCAUGCACGAGCCCAAAGCGAUUUGUAGACUCCUGUCAAGGAAACACGUGUUGACAAAAUGAGGCGUAUUCAACGACCGCCUUGCCCACCGUGCUUGUGCCAUUGGUGUCCCUAUUGACUGCUUUGAAUUGCAGGAGUGUCCCAAAGGUCGCCGAUUGCGUGUCUCCCAAGUAGUUGACACUGUCGGCCUCUUCUCCUAUCCUGCCUCCCCUGUAGGUGGGGUCGACUACGGCGAUGCGCGUGUCGGAGAAGUCCGACAGAAUCGUCACAUCCACCUCUGCAUCACUGACACAAACGACAACCCAGUAUCCGUUGCAUCAUUGGCUUGGCGUCUGUUUGUGCCUACGAGUUUUGCGGGUCUGCCUGCAUGAACGCUCCCUUGACAAGGACUUCAUACUUAGUGCCGUCCUGCAGGCCAGCAUACUGCAGAAAACAUUGAGGCAGGCCGCGAUACUUCCACACUCAAGCAUAACAUCAUGAACAUACUUUUGAGAACUGCAUGUAGAGCUCCACAAAAAUGCCCGCCUUAGCCACAUGCCUACACAACACAAGGCGCGACACACAUCCAGACAGGCAAGAACGUUGUGAGCAUGGUCUGCCCACCAGCAUUUGUGCGGCAUCGGGAAUCCGUCUGCCGAGUACAUUUCGUAAAAAUAUAACCCACAGUCGCUCUGCUGCGCCGCCUCAGCCGUGGUCUCGAGAGCCGCGGCGGAGUUGUCAGUAAAGGUGAGUGAUGAAUCAGGAGAGGUGAAGGUCGCCUGGGCGAUCGGCACGGGGGCGAACCGAGUGAGAUCCUUGAAGGAAUAUUUGACUCUGACAAAACAAGCAAGCGAUCCUUCUUGCCUCUCUGAUGCUGGCAUGCCCCGUGUCUCACGCACCCACCUGUAGGCUUUGCCAAAUUGAUGUGUUUGGUAGGCAUCCUGCACAUCCAGUUCGAGCCCGCUGCCGUCGACAGUAGGUACCUUGCCGCUGGUGGAUGUCGUGAAGCUGAUGUACACUGGCCCGGCCUUUCUCGUCUCAGUGAUAGCUGGCACGAUACGGGGAGCGUUCGUGAAGCCUCGAGGAUUGAGGACAUUCAAACGGCCGAAGCGAAACCAAUCGGGUGUGCCCGCAUUGACUGAGAUGACGAAGACAUGACUGACGGGACGCACGGAGGCAGCGCAUGAUGGAUCGUUUGCUUACUGUCGCUAGUCCAGCAGAGGUACAGAGUGUUGUUUGCGCUGCUGGUGUAGACCUCAGGAUAUUUUUCAACUCCCGACAUCUGGAAUGCAUGGCCGUCCUGCGUCCACAAAGUGCCCGACGGAAUGGCGGGAAACGGAUGGCGGAAGUUGAUACGAAACGUGCCGUCUGAUGCCGGCCCUGAAAUAACCUUCACCACACGCACGCACGCACGCACGGAGAAGGGAGAAAGCCCCCAUCCGUGGGCCUCGAACUGUCAGCGAGGCAUUUGUGUACCUGGUAUAUGCGGUCGGCCGUGUGGAAGACCUGCCUGUUGCUGCGUGUCGCCUCGUUUAUCCCCAUUGGAUGCCCAUCCGCCUGCUGACUCGCCGUGAAUGUAAUGAAGUGGUUGAGAGUAAAGCCUUCCAGCACAAGUUGCUCAUACGACUUGGCCGUCUUCAGGAUUGGCGUGCUCGAUCCGUGGCCGGUGACCGAUGUCACGUAGGUGUUGGCGAGGAGUGGUAUGCCCUGCAGGUCGCCGGCAGCGUUGCCAUCGGGAUAUGUGAAAACCGCACUGGAGGACGACUGACAGUCGCUGUCCUCCGAUAUGCGGAUUCGGUGGUUGGCGCCGCCCAUGCCAAAGCCGAUGAUCGUGAGAGUGAAUGGCUCGCCUGAGGUCACAUCAUAGAGGCCGUCGCCGCCCACAGUUCGGUUCGUGUCUGGCCCCUUGACCAUCAAAUAGCCUGCUGGGCUGGCAAAGUCCUCCAUUGAGUCGCAGCUGGCCGUGUGGGGGGAAGACUGCUUGGUAUAGACGGUCUUGGGGCAGUAGCACAGCUUGUAGAUGCCUGGAGAGACACCCUGUGUGUCCAGCGGGCCAGUGAUGGUCACCGUUGUUGACGUCGCAAAGGCCGCUUGAAAGGUGGCGUCACCGAGACUUCCCGUGCCACAUAUCACAUCGUUUGUUGUACUGUCGUCGAGCGCCGCGUUGUCCAGGAUGCCGACAAGCUGGUCGCCGGCGGUCAUUUUGGUGGCGCCUCCCCCGUCGGGUAGGCUGAUAGUGCAUGAGGUCUGGUUGGCACCGCAUGUCGCCCAGGUGGUGUCGAAGGGUCCGUAUAUCUUGAUCUGUCUCGUCGUGUUGUCCGUCACGGUGGUCGCAUACUCUGGGGUGAGCGUCGUCAAGGAGUCCAUUCUUUCCUUGCUGGUCGAGAGUCGAGACAGAAGGUACCAUGAAAGUUUGUGAAGGAAGCUUUGUUGUUACUUACUUUGGCGACGCUCCACCCGGCUUCCAGCACAGCGCAUAGAGGCUCGUUUGGGUGCCGUCCUCUUGAUACUUCGGCGUAACAUUCGGAGGGACGGGAGCGGAAGAUGAGAAGACAAACGGGUGGCUGCAGUAAGACAGAAUCUGGCGUUUUCCGCCUCUGUCGUCUUCGAGUCACGUGCGUACUGAUCGGAGACAUUUGUGCCAGCAACGGCCUCAGCGGACGUGUGUUGCACCAACCUAACAUGGCAACGAGCGUUGUGAGCAGGGAUGCACAGGCCCUUCGUUCCCUCUUCCUUUACUUGGUGAUGUUGCUUUCGCCACACUCGUCGUAGUAAUACAGGAGCUUCGUGCCAGUCGUGUCGAAACGCUAAAGAACCAUUAGACCAUAUUAGACAUUGAUAAGCAGGCUGUCUCAUGCGUGUAUGCAAUCUCACCUCAGGUCGCCUUUCGACAAAGAUGAUCUUGUCUCCUUCCGCACAGUCGAAGCACGUGUCCUUACUGAUGUAGAGCGUGCACGCACGACCCGCAUAGCACACCAUCGUGCCGUUCGCCUCGGCACCGACCACCGUCAGCUCUCCUGAAAUAAGAGACUGACUCGACUUAAACAGGUGCAUGCGCAGUUUUCAUGAUGUGCUGCCUGCCUGUCGUCCAUUUGUAUUCUGUGGGUGAGGAAGUGCUGGUGCAGCCCUGGGUGUCGAUGUCCUGUGACGGGCACCAGCACAAUUUGUAGAUGCCUUGAAUCAGCCGGUUGCCCCUGAAGCAAUCAGCAAUAUCACUUUGAGAAAGCGAUCGAAGGUAUUUCACUCCGCAUGUGUGUGCUUACGGAGGAAAGUAGAAUGGCCAAGUGUACGUGUUGAUGUACUUGACAGCCACCUGAGGAUUCACCUGCACUCAGAGACGCGACACCUGCAUCUAUUUCAACCCUCCCUGUUGCUGCGUGCCGUGUCUCUCUCACCGCUUCGAUGGUCUCUGUCACAUUGGGUCUCGUGUAGGUCAGCAGUGUCGCUGUCGUCCCACACUCGACCGCCGGAUAGUUGGCCGUCGUCCCAUCCCCUAUGAUGACCAUCCAGUCGCCGGCAGCCAACCCCAGCCCUCCCCUGUAGCCCGGCGGUACGCGAUUGGUGCUGUUGUACUCGAACGAGUCUAUGGCCAGGUUGCAUGGCUGCGUCGACACGCCACAGAAGGAGGAAUGGAGAGCGUUCAUGGCAGGACCUGCAUCAAUGGUCGUUCAGAGUCAGAGAUGGCAAGCCUUCGACAUCUCUCCUGCCAACCUCUGGUUUUGAGGGUUCCCGCUUUGAAUGGGUAUCGAGUUGGGAAUAUGGUGUCACCAGUGAGACGAGCGCAGUGAUUCGCCGUGUACGUCCCACCAGGGCAGUAACACAGCGCAUAGAAGCUGAAAACACAAAGUACUAAGGUUUCGUCUCGCAUGAAUGACAGCGCUUACGCAGGAUCGACGUCCAUGGCUGCCGAUGUGAGCGGCAGUGUGUCGCUGGCAUGCUGCACUGUGUAAGUGUAAGUGCCAGCCGUCGCGUCGGUGAUGCCCACUGAAUAAACAGGAAAUCAGACGCCUUAAUCCGCGUCUGUGUCUCCUGCAAGUCACUCAAUCGGUGUGGCAACGCUGGCCGACAAGUUGCCUGCUGACAACAUUCGAUAUGUUGACGUACUGCACCUCUCCACUACUGCUGCACGCCGUGCCAUACUCCUGGCUCGACGUGCUGUUGAUGAAGACAGCCAGAUAAUCAUCCGGAGGCUGCAGAGCUGUCAAAAACAAAAACAAACAAACAAACAAACAAGAGAAAGGCAUUAAGAACAAAAGCCAUGCGAGACACAGCCAAGAUGCCUUUUUCUCCCUGUCGACAUACCAUUGCUCACGUCUACGACGCUGUUCACAAUCUGUCCCCCCUUCUCGGCCACAUUCUUGCCCUGGGACACGCUGAAGUAGAAGCUCACGGUGUCGAUUUUGAAGUUGCACCCGUACCCCACUGGACACGUGUGCAUCAUGUUGGGUGUGGUCUGAAAGCCGGCCACUUGGAGGAGCAUGCCGAUGUCCACAGCAUAACGGGCGGCAUUAGUGGAUACGACAGAUGAUCGCCUCUUGCAUGCGCCAAGGUCGUUCAGACAGAUGCACAGUGAAUAGAAACUGAAAGGAAGAAAAGAAUUGCUCUUUUUCGCGUUGUGCUAUGCAUGCCUACAUACCCUGGGUAUCUGAUGGCGAUGUGCGAGAGGGUCAUUCCAUUGUGGGAUCCCUCAUGGAAGCCAAUCUCACAGGUCCGCCCAUUGAUAUUCCCACAGCGAGACGUGCCUGUCUCAUACCAGAAAGGAGGCAACGGACAUUUCAGAGACAUGACGCUCCCUUCCUCCCAUCACCGAUAGGCCUCUCUCCGACAGAUUCGGGCUCGCCGAACCAGAGGUCCUCCGGCGAGGACGGGGGAAAGGGAGGUGAUGUGGCCGCCUUGACGAGCAGCUGCUCUCCAUUCCAUGUGCCAAAGGUCUUGCGGCUCGGCGAACACCUGGGGGCGAGGAAAAGGACGAGAAUCGAGAGAAAAGAGCCUUGUGGUGUUGCCUGCCCACCCGACGUUGGCUGGCUCGAUGACGAUGCCGUCUUCAGUGGUGAAGUUGUGAAUAGGGUCACGAUUUUCCAUUGAUAUGGUGAAGCGAACACCUGCAGCAACCACGAAAAGAGCCUAUGAAUAAACCAGUCUACUUGUUAAGUCUUUGCAUGUACCAGGAAAUAGGGUGGUUGCAUUCGAUGUGACUCCCAAGUCCGUCGACUGGUAGACAUUGGCCACCGUGACGCUGCCGAUAGAGUCAUCUGUCAUGCCGAGUUGCCUCUCAAACGAGCUGCGACCGCGAUACCCCUGCGACACAAAGACAAGGCCCCACUAUCAACAAAAGAAAAGGAUAAGCCCUUACCCCUCGCAAGAACAUGAAGCCCUCAUCCUCAUCGUAGUCCACAUAGACAUCAGAUGAGCCCGACCUGAGCUCAAGAGAGUUUCGAAGCGUCAUCUCCUUCAUUCUGGGCACAGAUCUUACCCGCUGCCACAGAUCGAUGGCAGCCUCGACAAGAGCAGCAACGCCAAGAGCCACUGUGCGCUCCCAGACCGAGGCGCAACAGAUGCCCCUGUAUAAGGCAUGGACUCCUUCAGGAGGCCUCAACUUCCCAGAUCGGCGCCAUGACGCCUCAGUCAAUUGACGGCCUCCACAAUUGCUGAAGGAUUUGAG